GCUGCGGGAAAGUGGGACAGCAAACGCUCUUAUAUAAUCAAUAAAAAGGCAGGAAAAAACGUAACAUUUCCUAAAUUAUUCGAGUUGUGCGAUUUAUUUCUAACACUUAAAGAUUCCCAGAGCUGCUCCAGGAACAAUCAGCUCUCUCCGCCUCCCUCUUCACUCCCUUCACUCUCCUCCUCUGCCUUAUCCGGCACUUAAAACCAUCCAUGAGUGUGACCAACUCCUCUGCCUACCGAUCGGAGCGCAGUUUCCACCAGACUUCAUCCUCAACUUCAUCCUCCUGUAACCCAUACAUGGAGAAGAGCCGGGGACUGUUUGCUGAGGACUUUGACUCCUUCAUGAGACCUGGGAGCGACGCUUUAGGGUUUUCCAGUGGAGCCGGGAACAUCAAAACCCUCGAUGAUUCAUACCAGUUUACCGUUGAUGUGCAAGGCUUUUCCCCUGAGGAUGUCAUCGUCACCACAUCCAACAACCAGAUAGAAGUCCGUGCGGAAACGUUGGCCCCGGACGGUUCAGUGAUGAACACUUUCACCCAUAAGUGCCAACUACCCGAGGAUGUGGACCCCACCUCAGUGACAUCAUCCCUGGGUGCUGAGGGGACUCUAACGGUCCAGGCACGAAGACAACCGGCCAAGCACGAGCUUGUACAGACCUACCGCACAGAGAUCAAAAUCUAGACAGAGACAGACUUUCUCACACAUCACUUAUUGGGGAUUUAACCCCUCAUUUCUGUCAUUUUUAUGAUGUCUCUCCACUUCAGCCACUGCUAAUCCACAUUUCAUGAUGGCAACAAAGCUAGUUUAAUUAUAUAGUAAAGGUCACACUUACAUAUCUCAGUCGGUUCUGUAAGGCAGUUUUACUCACAUUUAAUAUUAAGUGUCAUGAAUUAUUUAAUGUAUAAUGUUAAUAAAUCUGCAUUAAAACACAACUGAACCUUUCAUUUCCCUUUUUCUUCCAUUUACUAUUGUAGUACAAAAACUUUGUGGUAAUUUAACCUGUGAAUGUAGGUAGUUCUAUUUUUCUAUAAGAUUCAGAGUAUGAUUGUUGACAUGUCAGUGGCCUAGUGGUGGAGUGUCUGCCCUGAAACUGAGUUCAAAUCCCGGUCGGGUCACACCAAAGACUUUCAAUGGGACCCAAUGCCUCCCUGACACUCAAUUUUAAGGGGUUGCAUUGGGGGGUUAAACCACCAAAUAGUUCCCGAGCGCAGCCACAGCUGCAGCUCAUCGCUCCCCACGGGGAUGGGUCAAAUACAGAGUUUAAUUUCUCCAAUGUUUGAUCACUGGUGGGACAGAGAAAUGUUUGUGUAUUUAGAAAAAAAUAAGUACUUGGAGUUUAUAGUCUUUGUGGGAAAAUUAAAGAACUCUACACAAAAGGUUUCAAGCUGAACACAACUUGUUAUUGUUUACGAAACAUGUAAUUUAAAUCCCGACUUUCAAUAAAGAAAAGCAAAAGAAAUCUGCAAUAAAAUCUGUUGUGACCAGUAAAAGCACAAGGCAUGCAAUUCUCUGAAUCAAUAUGAAACUGAAGUUGUAUUCUAUUGACCUGUCUGUAAACCUCAGUCUUUUGUGAGAAGAAACAAUUGUGAAGAAUCCUAUCAUUCUUUUAAAAAUUGAGAAUUUUAUAAAUAUAAAUUUGAGGGGUUAUUUGCUUCAAAAACUAUUAACGUGUUUUUUUUCUAUUUUGCUGUAUUUGUCACACUGUAACCUUGGAAAUUAUUGUAUUUGCUGUGUUUAGCUCACAAUUACUUGUUUGAACAUUUAUGAGCUAACCAAAUAUAUGGCAUGUAUGGUAUAUGACUGAUAAAUAAAAAUGCAAUAAUUUAAUAACAAUAAAUCCUACCCAAACUGAA